AUGACACGUACAACCGAUCCAGCUGGUCCUGAGCCUUCCUCUGUCUCGGGUCUAUCCAGUCUCCAGCUGACACCUGACAGCGAUCCAACCAGUCCUGAUCCUGACCCUGACCCUGAGCCAAUGGAUCCCCAGCCAGGUGCAUCCAAUCAUGAGCUGCCACCUCACACCGAUCUGGUUGAUUCUCAGCCAAUGAAUGUCUCUCGUCAGUCCAGUCUUAAACUGACACCUGAUCUCAAGCAAGAACCUGUCCCAGGUCCGUCUGGCCUUCAUUCAGAGUUAACAUCCCUUCCGGGUCCAGCUGUCGGAUCAUUUUUCUCCCUUUAUGAUGUGGGAGUGUCACUGGGAUCAGGAAAUUUUGGCACUGUUUAUGAGGGGACUCGUCGAUCUGAUGGUCAGAAGCCUGGGAGUAUCAGACCUCUGCUGGGGGAAGUGGCUCUAAAUCUGGUGGUGCGAGAGCCUCCUCAAAGCCCCAACAUUGUCCAAAUGUAUGAAUGGUUUGAGCAGCAUCAUCGGUACAUCUUGAUUUUGGAAUAUCCACAUCCAUGUGAGACCUUGCUCAGCUUCACCUUGAGCAACGGAGGUUAUCUUGAAGAAACUGUGGCACGUGGCUUAAUGCGCCAAGCGGUGCUCGCAGCCAAACACUGUCUGGACCGGGGUGUCUUUCACCGUGACAUCAAGUCGGACAACAUCCUGGUCAACACAGAGACACUGCAGCUCAAAUUAAUAGACUUUGGCUGUGGCAAACUUUUUGAAACUUCUGACUAUGAUGAGUACACAGGGUGUCCAGCGGUCAAAGCUACGGUCAAGUCUUUGGGUGUUCUGCUGUUCAGAAUGGUGAAUGGAAUCAGCUUUGUAGAGAUGCAGAUGAUUCCCUCCUCCACUUUAUCCAGUGGUUAUGAGGAGUAG